GAAAAUAUCUUAAAAUAUUUAGAUUUUUUAAGAGAAAUAGUUAAGAAUGGUUGACACAAUACGGGAGAAAGCUAAUGCUCUUUUUUCUAAGAAAGAAUAUAAUGAAGCUAUUAAAUUAUAUACAGAAGCAAUUGUAAUAGAACCAAAGAAUCAUUUACUUUAUUCGAAUAGAUCAGCAUGCUAUGCGUCUCUUAAGGACUUUGAUAAAGCACUUGAAGAUGCAGUUAAGUGCAUAGAAAUUAAACCGGAGUGGGCAAAAGGAUGGUCUAGAAAAGGAGCAGCAUUGCAUGGAAAAGGAGAAUAUGAGGAAGCUAAAACAGCGUAUGAAGAAGGGUUAAAAAUAGAACCAGAAAAUCAGCAACUUAAAACAGGGUUAAGAGAAGUGGAAUUUUCAGUUUCUAAAGGAUGUUCGGAAGGAUUUCAAAAUAAGGAUCCAUUUGCACAUAUAGCAUCAAAAUUAAAGGAUCCUAUGCUUUUUUCAAAAAUGGCGUCGAAUCCAAAGACUAUAAGUCUUUUAUCAGAUUUAGAAUUUAUGACAAAACUAAGAAAUUUGCAAGAGAAUCCUAAAAAUAUUAUUCAAGAACUAAGUGAUCCACGUAUGACAUUACUUCUUCCUUUACUUCUGGGGAUAGAUUUAGAUGCACCUAACAAUGUUAAUGGAAGCGCAAAAAGUACAGAUUCAUCACCUUUAGAAGAUGUUAUGGAAGUGAAUGAGGAACCUGUUUCAAAAUCAAAAGCAUCUCAGGAACCCAAGCUAGAGACUAUACCAGAAAUGGAGUCAACGUCUGUGGAUGAAGAUGAAGAGACUAGAAUUAAAAGAGAAAAUAAAGAAAAGGCAGAAAAAGAAAAAUGUCUUGGGAACGAAUGCUAUAAAGCACGCGAAUUUAAGGAAUCAAUUCAGCAUUAUCUUGCUGCAUGGGAUCUUUUUAAAGAUAUCAGUUAUUUAACUAAUUGUUCUGCAGCAUAUUAUGAAGAUGGUAAUUACGAAGAGUGUAUUAAAUGUUGCGAGGAAGCCAUUGCAUAUGGGAGAGAGGUCCUUGCCGAUUUUAAACUAAUUUCUAGGGCCUUUGGAAGAAUUGGCUCAGCAUAUAUGAAACAAGAAAAAUAUGAAUUAGCUAUUAAGAAUUUUAAUUGUUCUCUUACAGAAUACCGGACACCAGAUAUUCUUAAAAAGCUUAGAGAGGCUGAAAAAAUCAAAAAUGAAAAAGAUAGAUUAGCAUAUAUUGAUCUUAAUAAAGCUGAUGAAGCGAGAGAAGAAGGAAAUAGACUCUUUAAGCAAGGCGAUUUUUCCAAUGCAAUAAAAAUGUAUACCGAAAUGAUAAAAAGGUCGCCAGAUGAUCCUAGGGGCUAUGGAAACAGAGCUGCUGCAUAUAUCAAAGUUAUGAGUCUAUAUGAAGCUCUUAAGGACUGCGAUAAAGCAAUUUCACUUGAUCCUUAUUUCACAAAAGCUUAUAUUCGUAAAGCUUCCUGUUAUUAUACCAUGAAGGAAUUCAACAAAUGCAUUGAUACAUGUCAUGCAGCAACCAAAGCAGAUGAAGAAGGUAACAAUAAAGGUUUACAUGCGAAAGAAAUUGAGCUUCAAUUGCAAAAAUGUAUGUCUGCUAUGCAUGCUCAACGUGAAAAUGAAACAGAGGAAGAAACAAUACAACGCAUUCAAGGUGAUCCUGAAGUUGUUGCUAUUUUACAAGACCCUAUAAUGCAAAGUAUUUUAACUCAAGCUCGCGAAAAUCCGUCAGCUUUAGAAGAACAUAUGAAAAAUCCUCAAGUUGCAAAAAAAAUACAGAAGCUUAUACAAUCAGGUGUUAUUAAAGUUACAAGAAGAUAAUUCUUCAUAAUAAUUAUUUUUUGUCUAUUUUAUAUUAAAGAUUUAAC